GCGCCGGGUCCGGGCGGGCCGCGCAGGGAUGCCUCCUGGCAAAGGGCAGAUGACCCCGCUGCUGCCCACCCCGAAGGUGUCUGCACCCACCCUGCAGGGCACCCAUGGCCCCACCGUGGGGGACUGUGCUCAGCCCCCGGAGGGUCCUGGCUCACCGCAGGGUCACAGCAAGAAGAAGAGCCGUAAGCACCAGCGGUUCAUGGAGCGCCGGGCACUGCUGGAACGGAAGGGGUUGCUGAGCCCCCGUAGGCGCCUGGGCAGCCAGGCCCGUGCGGGGCCGGAGGCACGCAGCACACUCACCAAGGCAGAUUGCACCACGGCACCGCGCUGCGGGAAAGUCCCCAAGCCCAAACAGGUCGUCUCCCCAUCCCUGUCCCCGUCCGCCUCUCCAGACAGCGUAGCCAGGCACUCUUCCGUGCUGCUGUCCCAGGGGAAUGGCAGCUCCAAGGGGGUGCGGACGUCCUUCCCAAUCCUGCGCCCAGGCAAGUAUGUGGCCAUCGACUGCGAGAUGGUGGGCACCGGUCCUCAGGGCAGGCUGAGCGAGCUGGCCCGGUGCUCUGUGGUGAACUACGAGGGGGACGUCAUCUAUGACAAAUACGUCCAGCCUGAGCUCCCCAUCGUGGACUACCGGACACGCUGGAGUGGCAUCACCAAGCAGCACAUGAAGAGCGCAAUUCCCUUCAAGGCUGCCCAGGCGGAGAUCCUGAAGAUCUUGAAAGACAAGAUUGUGGUAGGACACGCCAUCCACAAUGACUUCCAAGCCCUGAAGUACUUCCACCCGAAAGACAGGACCCGAGACACCAGCCGGAUCCCCAUGCUGAACCAGAGGGCAGGGCUGCCCGGCAGGGCCAGCAUCUCGCUCAAGAGCUUGGCCAGGCACCUGCUCCAAAAAAAGAUCCAGGUUGGCUGCAAAGGGCACUCAUCAGUGGAGGAUGCUCAGACAGCCAUGGAGCUGUACAGACUGGUGGAGGUGCAGUGGGAGACAGAGCUGGCCCGUAGCCUGCCCACCCGGCCCCCCAGCCCUGUCACAGACCCCACUGCAGACAGCAACCAGUACAUGGAUGACCGGUACUGGCCCACAGACCUGAUGGCAAGCAGCCUGUGAUGGGGGACAUCAUCUCCUCCACGUGUUUCGGGCCAUCCUGGUGUCUUCAGCUAUUAAAGGUGGAGGUGGCUGCUGACCUUCUUCCCUGGGGCUUGUGCCGCAUGGGCUCUGCCUGGCACCCUGGCAGGCAGCAGCGCAGGGGAGUCAGACACCCCCAGCCCCGCUCGGGGACGGAGAAAUGGUGACACUUGGACACCGGCAGUCUGCUGAAAUUGCUGUCUGCAGCUUCUUGCUGUUGCACAGAAAUAAGCGCUGUGGCUGCACCGUGUUCAUCUGUCACUUGGUGCUCGGGGAUGAGCAGGGACCUGGUAUCAGCCUGGAGGAGCCCCUAUGGGUGUUCGAUGGCUGCAGCGGUGGGCUGGGGCUGCCAGGGCAUCUCCCAUGCCCUCUGGGAAGGGGAUACCCCCAUGGUGGGCAAGUGGCAAGUCUUCCUGUGGGAGGACUGAGGUGUCUUGCUGAUGCCCAAAGGCUGCAAACCAUCCGGUGCCAGUUAAACAACCAGUUUCCUCCUCACUUUCUUUGCACAGUGAAGCCUGAAAAGAAAGUCUGGGUCUAAUCAAUGUCCAGCCUGGACAAGAGCAUAGGAUGCACUUCAUUUUAAAUAGACUAGUCACAUAAUUGUCCAAUUCUGAAUUAAAAAUUAUUCUUGCUAAACCCGUGUGUACGUGCUGCAUGAUCUGAUGGCUCUCCAGGAGAGAGAGGGCAGGGAUGACAUUGGCAAAUGGCUGCCUGUGUACCAUGCCAUGCCCCAGGGCUUAAAACC